UCUGCCUCCCCCCGGUCCCUCUCCCGGUCACCUUGCGGACCCCUGCCCGCCGUCCUCUCUCCGCCUCCCCGCAGAUGAAGAAGCUGAUACCCGCUGCGCCCCGUCACAGCUGAGAGGAGGAGGAGGGAGGAAGGAGGAAAGGACGGGAGGGAGGAAAGGGAGAGGAGGAAGGAAAGAGGGGAGGGGGGAAGAGAGAGAAAAAACGAGAGAGAGAGAGAGAGAGAGAGAGAGAGGGGUAGUGGAUGUAGCUCUAGCUGUGGGCCGGGGGGUGAGCUACCUAGCCCGGGCUGCUCCGCCGAAACAUCCAUGGGUGGCUGUGUCGGGAGCCACCACGACUCUUCGGGCAGCUUAAACGAGAACUCGGACGGCACUGGAGUGGCUCUAGGGCGUAACCAGCCCCUGAAGAGAGAGCGGCCUAAAUGGAAAAGUGACUACCCGAUGACUGAGGGCCAGCUGCGCAGCAAGAGAGAUGAGUUCUGGGAUACAGCGCCAGCAUUCGAGGGCCGGAAGGAGAUCUGGGAUGCGCUGCGGGCUGCGGCCAGCGCCUUUGAGAGCAAUGACCACCUGCUGGCUCAGGCCAUCCUCGACGGGGCCAGCAUCACACUGCCGCAUGGAGCUUUGACCGAAUGCUACGAUGAGUUGGGGAAUCGAUACCAGCUGCCGGUCUACUGCCUCUCUCCUCCCGUCAACAUGAUUGAAGAGCGCUCUGAUGAGCCUGACGGUUCAGAUCCAGACUCUGGGGCCGCUGACCCGUCCUCGGGCAGCGCCAGCGACCCCGGCUCAGGGGGGGAGUGUCAGCUUCGGCUCCGGCUCUCCACAGGCCGCGACCUCCGGCUGGCGGUCCGAUCCACGGACACGGUGGGCAUGAUGAAGCGUCGUCUGCAAAGUCAAGAAGGCGUCCCUGCCACGACUCAACGCUGGUUUUUCUCAGGUCGGCCACUGACAGACAGACUGCGCUUGGACCAGCUCAACAUCUCCAGGGACUAUGUAGUGCAGGUCAUCCUCAGCCAGCGUCCACCGCCAGAGCCUGUAACAACACCAGGACAUACACCAGAGGCAGCUGGUCCUGAGUCAGUGGAAGGAGUGGCUGCACUGCCACAAGAGCCCACACCGGUGGAGAAUUAAAAACCUAGCAACCUGGAGCUGGGCAUAUUAGAGGCCUGGCAGUGUUAAAGGACGACAGCAAGGGAUAAAUAAGGAAAAAAAAUACUCUACUCUACUCUACUCUACUCUACUCUACUCUACUCUACUCUUCUUCUUCUUCUUCUUCUCUUCUCUUCCUUCUUCUCCUCAGUUUUAAUUGCUGAGAAAGGGUUGUGUUUGGGGCAGAGGUUGGCCGUCUGCCGGAGCGUAAGGACUCUUGAAUUGAGAAAAAGACUCUUCCUUUUGGUUUUACACGUUGAAAUUUUGACCUUUUUGAAGUCUUUUUAACUGUUCCUAUGGAAACCAAACAACAAAAAGAGAACUUUGUCAGAUGGUAUAAAAGGGUUUUCUUAGCAACACUGAUGUUUGAAUGUUUCUGUGUGUCAGUUUCCAUUCAAGUUCUGCUCUCUGGCAAAGCCGGGUCAGCAGAAAGAAUUCUGUUUAUAAGGCUACAGGGUUAUAUGUGCAUUUUCAAAUCAGACAGUUCAGAAAAAUUAUAGUUUAACAAUCAUUCAGGCAUUUUUGUCACUCCAUGUGAAUCGAAUCAGCAACACUUUAAGUCAGGGGAUUAAAUCAGUACACUAACAGCUGUAUUCAAUAGUUUGGUAUUGAUAGUUAGCAAACAGAUGUGUCCUCUCUUUUGUCAAGAGGUUGCAGUCAGGGGGCAUGACUGGAUGUUUUACCAAGCUGCUGCUGGAUUAGAUACUUUAUUUCACUCUGCUUCACAAACAAUCAGAUUAAUCAUGUAAUAAACAUAACGUAGUCAGCCUGUGUGUGUGUGUGUGAAUGAGUGUGAAUAAGUGUGUGUGCGUGCGCGGAUGUUCAUAUGUGAUCAAGACACAACCACACUUAUUCAUGUGGCAAAAGGAUGGACAUCAGAAACACAGUUGCAUAUUUUGAUUAAAUAUAGAAUGUUUUUAAUUAAAAUUGGUCAUUGUUUAUA